CACGGGAAUGUGUUUAACGGUCAGGCACAUCUCACGAACACAUGGAUCAGAGACAUUGCACACUCGAACACUGACGACUACACGCAAGGAUCUUUGAACAGGCUUUACUCACUUAGCAGGACGGUUGUGGAUGUGAUGGCGGGCGUUCUGAAGAUGUCAGUGGGGCUGCCACCAGCGGGAAGGGGUGCGGUGUGUCUGACAUGUAAAGAGAUCUGCUCUGGCUUCCAGCCACAUUCCUGGAGAAAGGCCUGCAUGCAAUGUCAUUGCAGUCAGGAGGAGCAUGCAGUCAGCUCUGACAGCGAAGACGACUGGAAGGUGGGAAGACUGCUGGCAGAAUCUCGCUAUGCCUAUCUCACAACUAAGGUUAAAGGAGGAGAUGGACUAAGGGUCUACAAACGGAAUCGCAUGAUCGUCACCAAUCCAGUAGUCUCUCGUAAAGAUCCAACUUUCAACACCAUUACCUAUGACUGGGCCCCACCAGGUCUCACUCAGAAACUGGCAAUGCAGUACAUGGAGCUUAUCCCUGAAGACAGGCGACCUGUGGCUGGCACUGAAGGUGCAUUAUAUCGCCACAGGCAACUGAUGAGACAGUUGCCCUUCUACGAUCAGGACCCCACAUACUGCCACAGUCUGUCUGAGGCAGAGCUGAAGGCCAUGGCUCAGUUUGUGAGAUCCUAUAAGGAUGAAGCUCUAGGAGUAGGGGAAAUUGCUCUGCCUGGGGAAGGAGGAAAGGCCAAGCAAAAGAAUGAAAAAGCCAUGCACAGUCCACAACAGUCUUAUGCAGUGACCACUGCCAAUGGAACAACAGAGGAGAACAACAAAAAGAGUGAAUCUUGCUGUAGUGGUUGUGGGAAGUUGGCAGCUGCGGACAGUCCAGUGGUGUAUGCAGACAGAGCAGGGUAUGAAAGACUGUGGCAUCCCACCUGCUUUGUGUGUUGUGAGUGUGGUGAGGCUCUGGUAGACCUGAUCUACUUCUGGAAGGAAGGAGCACUGCUAUGUGGACGCCAUUACUGCCAGAGGAUCAGGCCUCGCUGCCUGGGCUGUGAUGAGCUGAUCUUCUCAGAGAUGUUUCAUCAGGAGGCUGAUGGGCGUGUCUGGCAUAAGGAACACUUCUGCUGUUGGCUGUGUGGGCAGAAUAUCAGCGUUCAGUGUGGCUGUGACAAACGCUAAUCGAAAAUCAUUUUAAAAACAGACAAAUGCUACAAAAUUAAAAAGCAAAAUGACACUCUGCUCGAAAAAAAAACACAAAUUACUUUAUGAAACUGUUUUCUGUAGUUAGCCAAAGUUUUCAAAUGGACCUAAAAUCCGCAGGACUUCAUCGGCCGAAAGGGAUGCCCAGAGGCGUAUUUGUACAAUACUUAAUUUAAAUGCCUCCUCAGAUUUGAUUAAAGUAACCAUCAAAAUAUGAGAUCUAUGGUACAGAACAGACAAAACACUAAACGAUUCAUGUAUUUAUGCGCAAUUUUUGGGGGCAAAAAGGCAAACUACAACAAACACUGAGUACAGUUUUAUCAGUUAUUUAUAUGAAUAUUUAUUGAUCCUCUCUUGAAGUAAAAUUGUGUUGCCAUUUUCUGGCCCUUGAUUUAGUGUUUUGUUCUCAUAUGUCUCAUAAUUUUGAAUGGCUUUCCUGUAGCUCAGUGGUUAGAGCAUGGCGCUAGCAACGCUGAGGUCAGGGGUUCGAUCCCAGGAUUGCACAUACUCCAAAACAAUUGUUAAGUAUAAUGUAAUGUUAGUCGGUCGGAAAUGUAAUGCCUUUCUUUCUUAACCUGAGCUUCAGUUUACACUGCAAGCACAAUUAGGCAUAACAAGAAACAUAUUUGAAAUUUUUAAUAUCGUACAUCUUUAGUUAUGUAUUUGAAUAAAGAAUGAAAAUGUCAAUUGUCCAGACAAUUGACAUCACUUUUGGUCACUACUGUAUGUGUAGAAC